GUGAAGAGCCAUCCAGUGCGGUGGGAUGAGCUCCCCCAAGGAAUACGAAGCGAAACAGUGAAGAAAGUGACCUGCAGAUAAGAAAGUGAAAUAUAUUAGUGAUCCGUGAAAAACUGCGAUAGAACCGGAACCUCGGAUCAAGGGGAAGUACUGUCGUUAUCGCAGCGUGUGUAAACACCCAGUAUAAUGGGUUUAAAAGUGGUUUCCAUUGGUAUCCUGCUACUGAUCCUAUUGAUCUCCUAUUGCCAGGCGGAACUAACGCCGCCGUAUUUCAAUCUGGCCACCGGCCGAAGGAUCUAUGCCACGGCCACUUGUGGCCAGGAUACGGAAGGACCCGAGCUAUACUGCAGAUCAGUGGGAGUCAAUGCGGAGUCCGAAUACAUCGACCACUCGGUCUGUGAUUUCUGUGAUACUAAUGUACCGGCGAAAAGUCAUCCUCCACUGAACGCGAUAGAUGGAACCGAUUCCUGGUGGCAGAGUCCUCCGUUGUCCAGGGGAAUAAAAUUCAAUGAAGUCAAUAUGACCAUCAGUUUUGAGCAGGAAUUCCAUGUGGCCUAUUUGUUCAUUCGGAUGGGCAACUCUCCUCGUCCGGGUAUCUGGACUCUGGAAAAGUCCACGGAUUAUGGCAAAACCUGGACCCCUUGGCAGCACUUUUCCGACACUCCCGCCAAUUGCGAGACCUACUUUGGCAAGGACACCUACAAGCCAAUCACCCGCGAUGACGACGUCAUUUGCACCACGGAAUACUCAAAGAUUGUCCCCCUGGAGAAUGGAGAAAUUCCCGUGAUGCUGCUGAACGAGCGUCCCAGCUCCACCAACUACUUUAACUCAACUGUGCUCCAGGAAUGGACCCGUGCCACCAACGUCAGGAUCCGGCUGUUGCGCACAAAGAAUCUUUUGGGACAUCUGAGGUUCGUGACUGGACAGGAUCCCACGGUGUUACGUCACUAUUUUUACUCGAUCAAAGAUAUCUCCAUUGGAGGUAGGUGUAUUUGCAACGGCCACGCCGAGGCCUGCGACGUCGAGGACCCGAAGAGUCCUCUGCGCAUCCUCGCCUGCCGCUGCCAACACCACACGUGCGGCAUAAAUUGCAACGAAUGCUGCCCAGGAUUCGAGCAGAAGAAAUGGCGGCAGAACACCAAUGCCCGACCCUUCAACUGCGAACCUUGCAACUGCCAUGGCCACAGCAACGAGUGCAAGUACGAUGAGGAAGUGAACCGCAAGGAACUCUCCCUGGACAUUCACGGACACUACGAUGGAGGUGGCGUUUGCCAGAACUGUCAGCACAACACCGUGGGAAUCAACUGCAACAAGUGCAAGCCGAAGUACUACCGACCCAAAGGAAAGCACUGGAACGAGACUGAUGUUUGCAGUCCCUGCCAAUGUGACUUCUUCUUCUCCACCGGACACUGCGAGCAGGAAACCGGAAACUGUGAGUGCCGUGCCGCCUUCCAGCCGCCGAGCUGCGACUCGUGUGCCUACGGAUACUACGGAUACCCGAACUGCCGGGAGUGCGAGUGCAACUUGAACGGAACCAACGGAUACCAUUGCGAAGCGGCGAGCGGACAGCAAUGUCCUUGCAAGAUCAACUUCGCGGGUGCCUACUGUAAGCAGUGCGCCGAGGGAUACUACGGAUUCCCCGAGUGCAAGGCCUGCGAGUGCAACAAGAUCGGCUCGAUCUCCAACGACUGCAACAUGACCACUGGCGAGUGCAAGUGUCUCACAAACUUCGGUGGCCACAACUGCGAGCGCUGCAAGCACGGAUACUUCAACUACCCCACCUGCUCACAUUGCGACUGCGACGACCAGGGCACAGAGUCAGAAAUCUGCAACAAGCAAUCUGGCCAGUGCAUCUGCCGCGAGGGCUUCGGUGGCCCAAAAUGCGACCAAUGCUUACCAGGGUUCUUAAACUAUCCAAUAUGCACGUCUUGUAACUGUUCGCUGAAGAGAGGGCUGUUCUUCAACAACCAGAAGGCGUAUGUCAAACUCUUCGAACACUUCAAUGUCGGCACUGAAAUGAAAAUCAGCUUUGAUUUCCGACCGAGGGACCCCAACGGUCUGCUCUUCUCCGUGCACGGCAAGAGCUCCUAUGCCAUCCUCGAGCUGGUGGACAACACCCUGUUCUUCACCGUGAAGACCGAUCUGAAGAACAUUGUGACGACCAACUAUAAGCUGCCCAACAACGAAAGCUUUUGCGAUGGAAAGACACGCAACGUCCAGGCUAUUAAGUCCCAGUUUGUGAUCAAUAUAGCCGUGGACUUUAUAAGUUCCUAUCCGGGCGUGGGCGGCGAAGGAUCCAAGAUUACAAAGACAAACCGUCCGUUGUUCUUGGGAGGACACUUGAACUUUCCAAGGCUGCCGGGCAUCAGUGGACAAAAAAAAGGCUUCAAGGGAUGCAUCAGCAAUGUUAGUGUCAACCAGAGGAUGUUAAAUAUUACGCCUGAAAUGGUCUUUGGUGAUAUAUGGCAUGGUUUCUGCCCGCUUAACUAGCGAUAAGGUCGGUUACGACAGUAGGACCAUUGGUUUAAUUAAACCAAAACUACGAAAAACUGCUGAAAAAAAUUCUUAGGUUUCCAACAAAUAAAGCAACGGACAACGAUGGAACAGAUAUAAAACAAACAAAAUUGACAAGCCAUUGAGAAGGCUGGAAAAUUUAAGCCAAUAAUUCUUUAGCAAAAAGGCAUGUCCCAUAUUUGUUAGUAGGCACUAUAAGCAUAUAACCAUAAUAAAUGUUAUAGACGAGAA